GUAACUUGCUGUAUCUAUAAAAAUGGCGUCUGUGCCUUCUUUUAUCAGGUGUUGCUGCUGUCAAAAUAAUUUUUAAUUGUACGUUUUUGUCAAUUAACUAUUGUAAUUAGACAGUUGUAUUAAAUUUUUCGUAAAAAAUGGGAAUAUUCUUUUCAAAAAAGAAGAAUGUGAGUCGUGUCACAGAACAGGACAAAGCUGUUUUACAAUUGAAACAAACGAGAGAUAAGAUAAAACAAUAUCAAAAAAGAAUUGAACAAAGUAUUGAAAAAGAAAGGCAAAUUGCUAAAAAAUUAAUCGAAAAAGGACAAAAAGAUCGAGCAUUAUUGUUAUUACGAAAAAAGAAAUUUCAAGAACAAAUUCUCUCUAAAACUGAUAGCCAAUUGGAUAAUUUAGAAAGAUUGGCACACGAUUUGGAAUUUGCUCAAGUUGAAAUCAAAGUAAUCGAUGGAUUAAAAGUGGGAAAUACAGCGCUCAAAAAAUUGAAUGAUGUUUUGUCUAUCGAAGAUAUUGAGAAAGUUAUGGAUGAGACACGAGAAGGUGUUGAAAAACAAAAUGAAAUAAAUGAAGUUCUCAUGGGAACAUUGACUGAUGAAGACGAAGCUGAAGCUGAAGCUGAACUUGACGCAUUAUUGGCACUGGAUUCACAGGAAACAAUUCCUGAAGUACCUCAAGAAAUACAAUUACCAAAUGUACCUGAAGAAUUGCCAACGAAAGAAAAAGAGUCUGCCAAAAAGAAGAAGGAAGAAAAAAUUGAAGAACCAAUUGCUCUCGAGGCAUAAAAGAUUUGUACAUAGACACAAGCUUUUGCAGUUUGUAUAUAAAUGUGUACAGUUUACAAUAAUCUUCGCUAUUCAUUCUACUUGAGUUUGUAGAUUUUUUAAAAAGUCAUGAUUUUUAUAAACUGAUAUACAUUUAACUUUAAUGAGAAUAAAAAAAAAGUAUAGGAAAUUUGAUUCGAAUUUUCAGUAUAUCUUAAAAAGUUGAAUGUCAACCAAAGUGUUAUAUAUGUGCUGAAAAACUGAACUGUGUGAUAUUUUACUUACUGACAUUUAUUACUGUAUAAAAUAAAAUAACAAAUGUUAAAAGUUUUAUACAAUGUUUCGCUGAGAAUUUUUAGAAUUUAUUAGAAAUUUUUUUUCAUCUGUCUGUAUGUACGUAAAUAGAUAUAUAUUCUUUUCUUGCAACUGA